CGGGCAGAGGAUGCGCGGUGAGAACCGGCCCGUCAACGCGGGGCCCCAGCGCGGCCGAGCGACUCAGGGCAAGUCCGCUUCCGCCCCCAGCCCACAUGGCCGCGGCCGCCCGCGCCAGUACCCAGCGUGCGCCCCGCGCGGCCAGGAUCCGGUGGGGCCCCAGAUCCCCCGGAGGAGAGAGGAGGCGGCGGCGCUUCAGACUGUGGGGAGGAGGAAGCGCGGCCGGCGCGACCGCGGGGGAGCGGUUGUGCGAUCAGAUCGAUCUAAGAUGGCGACUGUGGAACCGGAAACCACCCCUACUCCUAAUCCCCCACCUACAGAAGAAGAGAAAACAGAAUCUAAUCAGGAGGUUGCUAACCCAGAGCACUAUAUUAAACAUCCUUUACAGAACAGAUGGGCACUCUGGUUUUUUAAAAAUGAUAAAAGCAAAACUUGGCAAGCAAACCUUCGGCUGAUCUCUAAGUUUGAUACUGUUGAAGACUUUUGGGCUCUGUACAACCAUAUCCAGUUGUCUAGUAAUUUAAUGCCUGGCUGUGACUACUCACUUUUUAAGGAUGGUAUUGAGCCUAUGUGGGAAGAUGAGAAAAACAAACGAGGAGGACGAUGGCUCAUUACAUUGAACAAACAGCAGAGACGAAGUGACCUCGAUCGCUUUUGGCUAGAGACACUGCUGUGCCUUAUUGGAGAGUCUUUUGAUGACUACAGUGAUGAUGUAUGUGGAGCUGUGGUUAAUGUUAGAGCUAAAGGUGAUAAAAUAGCAAUAUGGACUACUGAAUGUGAAAACAGAGAAGCGGUUACACAUAUAGGGAGGGUAUACAAGGAAAGGUUAGGACUUCCUCCAAAGAUAGUGAUUGGUUAUCAGUCCCAUGCAGACACAGCUACUAAGAGCGGCUCCACCACUAAAAAUAGGUUUGUUGUUUAAGAAGACACCUUCUGAGUAUUCUCAUAGGAGACUGCGUCAAGCAAUCGAGAUUUGGGAGCUGAACCAAAGCCUCUUCAAAAGCAGAGUGGACUGCAUUUAAAUUUGAUUUCCAUCUAAAUGUUGCUAAGAUAUAAGAGAAGUCUCAUUCGCCUUUGUCUUGUACUUCUGUGUUCAUAUAUUUUUUUUUUCUUAAUUUUGGCUAGAGUGUCCACUAUCCCAAUCAAAGAAUUACAGUACACAUCGUCCCCAGAAUCCAUAAAUGUGUUCCUGGCCCACUCUGUAAUAGCUUAAAAGAAUUAACGAUUACAAACACAUUUGACCCAUCUACAAUAUUAAAGAAAAGAAUUUGCAUUUCUAUACCUUACAAGAGAACGAUUCUGUUUAUGUUCCGUUGUAUGCAGGAGCAUAUUUUGCUGGUUUGAAAGAGUAUGAUGCAUACAGUUUUCUAACAAUUUUCUUUGUUUCUUUUUACAGCAUUGUCUGUGCUGUACUCUUGCUGAUGGCUGCUAGAUUUUAAUUUAUUUGUUUCCCUACUUGAUAACAUUAGUGAUUCUGAUUUCAGUUUUUCAUUUGUUUUGCUUUUGUUUUUUUCCUCAUGUAACAUUGGUGAAGGAUCCAGGAAUAUGACACAAAGGUGGAAUAAACAUUAAUUUUGUGCAUUCUUUGGUAAUUUUUUUGUUUUUUUGUAACUACAAAGCUUUGCUACAAAUUUAUGCAUUUCAUUCAAAUCAGUGAUCUAUGUUUGUGUGAUUUCCUAAACAUAAUUGUGGAUUAUAAAAAAUGUAACAUCAUAAUUACAUUCCUAAUUAGAAUUAGUAUGUCUGUUUUUGUAUCUUUAUGCUGUAUUUUAACACUUUGUUAUACUUAGGUUAUUUUGCUUUGGUUAAAAAAUGGCUCAAGUAGAAAAGCGGUCCCAUUCAUAUUAAGACAGUGUACAAAACUGUAAAUAAAAUGUGUACAGUGAAUUGUCUUUUAGACAACUAGAUUUGUCCUUCCUUUUAUUUCUCCAUCUCUAUAGAAGGAAUUUGUACUUCUUAUUGCAAGGCAGUCUCUAUGGUGUCUUCUCUUGUAGUGUCUUCCACGUGAAUAGCGUAAGUUUGGAGCAUCAGUUUGAUUAUUACGUUUAUUUUAAUUUUUAAUAAAUUGAAUAGGUAGCAUCAUAUAUGGAAUUAAAUUGACGUGGCUAUCUUUUUUUUUUUUUUAAUAAAGUAAGAGGCACAGUCCUUCAGUCUUAGGUAAACAAUGUACUCUUAAUAUGUUAAAACUCAUGAGAAUUGCGACCUUGGUGCAUCACCAUUUGAUUGGUAGGAAUAGCAGUUGUAAAACUUGGUUGCUGAAUUGAGACGUUAUUUUUCAAGUGUCCAAAUGACACCAUAGGGAAAGAGUUACAGAUGGUGGGCGUAUGCAUUAAGAAUUUUGUUAGUGUUGCUGUCUAAAUAGAAUUAGAAUAAACAGGUUAUGAAUGCUUGUAUUUAUAAUGAUGAAUUGGUGUAGUAUAGAUUUAUGUAAACUUGAAAACUUGAUCUACUCUUUAUAGGCAUCAUUUGAAAGCAAAUUUGAAAACAGUUUGUUUAUAAUUACUGUAUAUUUCAGAUCCCGUAAAAUGAAAUAUAGUUAUAUUGUAGACAAAAGGGUAAGUUGAACUGUAGGUAGAAUGAGAACCAUUAAUUGAGAGGAAAUUUCAUCUUUAGAUGGUGAUUAUGAAUGAAUCAUUUUAAAGCUGCUAAGUUUGACAAAAAUCCUAUAUAAAAUAAACAUGAAAUUAAUAGUAUUGAUUUUAUUGAGGAAUUUAAAACAGUUUAAAGUGUACCACAAGCUACCAUCUGAGUACUCGCAAUACCACAAACACCCCUUGUUCAGUAGUCUGGAAAUAACUGAGUCUUUUGUGUUUAUAAUCUGAAUAUACUGUACCUAGUAAUAUCUGUUGUUUAAGGUUGGGUGAUUGUUUAAGGUGAUUUAUUGUCUUUGUUGAUAUACGUAGUUGUGAGCACUUCAAGAGCUUGCUUAAAAGUGACCGUGGAGGUGGUGGUGUGUGGGCAAUGGGUGGCAUUGGAGGAAUAUAUCUAUUAGAAAUUAAUGCUUAAUUUCCUUAAUUCUAGGAUGCAGUCCAUUUUAAGAAGUACCAGCUUUGGCGGGUAGAGGAGGAAUAAUGCAUUAAAUGUACAGAGUUCUAAAUUUUUAAAAAUCCUAAUUUAUAGCAUUUGAUUGUCCUCAUUAUUACCAUCUGAGAAUCACAUUCGGUUUUAAGUCUUUUUCCCAGUAUGGGUGGGGAGGAAUGAUUCUGAGUCACUUUUGGCAAAUGCCACUUAAGUACCACAAUGACUUGCAAAUUUCCUAACUUUAUUAGCAUCUUUUCUAAAUAUAAGAUUAGAUUGUACAUGAUUUUCUAAGUUACUUUUCCCUCUCUAACAGGAUAUUAUAAAUAAAUAUAUUUUCAUAGUAGAUUAUUAAAAUAAUCUUUAAUGGGUAAAUAGUAGUUCAUUGUAGGGAUGUGCCAUAUUUCAUUUAACCAAUUUUGUUAAUAAUUCCAGUUCUGCAGAAGGAUUUGAGGCAUACUGUGUAACAAUCAAAAAGUCGAAAUCCUUACUUAGUACUUAUGUGCCAGGCAGUGUUCUAAGCACUUCACACGCACUUUAACCUGCACAAUAAUCCUUUGAUGUAGGUGCUGUUAUCCCCCUUUUACAGAUGAAGAAACAAGCAGUGAGGAUUUAAGUCGCUUAGUAUGGAUUUGAAUCCUGGAAAUUUGGUUUUGGAGAUCCUGUAAAGCACAUUAUACAGUCUCAGUGAUAUAGAGCCUACCUGAUGGGCUAUAGUAAAUUGCACCAGAUUGUAGUAAGUUUAUAGGUCAGGACAUUUUAAAUUUUACUUCCUUUGGUAAUGAAACGUAUAAUAGAUGGAGCGUCCCCCGAGGCCAGUCUGUUCGCAGUCAGCUAAACUAAUCAUUUGGGGUUUUUUGAGAACAUGGAGACAAAGGUACAGGAGUUUAGAGGUGCAUAGAUUAAGUGAAUAUUUUCGUAUACAGUUUUAAGUGUCUAUAUCCUGUAUCUUCUAAGCUAAAUGGCAAAAUAAAGCAGAGUUUUCAAGUUGAGCUGAGAUUCUUAAAUGCUGAAGUUUGCAUUCAAAAGUAUAAUUUUAAUUUACUAAGGCAGUGUGAUAAUGUGAUGUUUUACAUUUUAAAAUUAAAACAAGUUAAUGACAAGUCUCUGUGCUACUUUUUAUCUCUUAAUUGUUAUGGAUUGUCUUCAUUAGUGAGUAGAGGAAAAAAAGAGCUGAAUUUUCUCACUCAGAGUUAGACCUUCUGGGCAAAUGCAAAAUUUCAGGUCAGAUUGACAUUAAAAAACAAAACCCUAGGUCAGUGCUAUCUGGUGUCUCUCUGGACCAGUAUAGAAAUUAAAGAAUGUCUAGAAACUUCUAUGGAAAUUUGAUAUUGCUGUGACAUUAAAGUAUGUGAUCAUUUCUCUACUAACGGAUUUUUAAAAAUAUAUUUGUGACAAGAGUGCAGUUUGGGAUUUAAAAGUGGUCCUUCAUCACAUAUAAUUUGAGAGACACUACUCUUAGGUUUUCCUCAGUAGCCAAGACCAGCUCAUUUGCCCAUCAGUCUCUAAAAACAUCCAGCUUACUAUCUCUUCACUCCUCAUCUCACAAGUAAUGGACUUCGUGUCAAAGUUUCAGCCCUCGUCUGUAGUGUCUUUCAAUAAUACUUUCUGGUAUCUUGCUUAUUGUGAAUUUCAAAGUAGAAAUUCCUAAUACCUUGGAUAGUUUUAGACUUCAAUAGUCUUGUGAUUAUUUCUUCCACUGCUAGAAACAAAAGAAAAAUGAAAUUGUGGGCAUGAGAUCACAUGUGCUAUGUCUUUCCCAAUUCAGAGGAAACAGUUUCCACAUUUUAAUCUUGCCCCUUUUUCUUUUACUUCAGAACUUACAAAUUCCUCAUAGUUUUGCACAGAACUUACAUACCUACGUUUCCUCCAAAAAAUACAUAUUGAGUACCUCCGUUUACUGUGCUCUAGGUGCUGGAAAAUACAGCAGAAAACAAAAGACUGGUCCCUGCUCUAAAAUUUUAAAAGCAGACAUCUAUUCAGAAUAAAUAAAUCUUUCCACAGGGUUCUGCAAAUAGUUUAUGUUAUUGAAAUAGAAACUCCUAGGGUUUCUGUUACUGGGUAUUAGUAGUCUAGAGGUAAAUACAAAAUGAAGUUGUUUGCUCUGAACACCCUUCCAGCUGUAACAUUGAGUCUAAACAGAUCACACUAUAUAGGAGGACUCGACCAAACCCUCACAUGUAAAUUACAGCUUUUGCAAGACUUAAUUUCUACUUUAUAUUACUGAAACCUGUGUGAUUGUCCACGUAAAAUUUUGUGGGUGUGGCUCUUUUUUGGUUAUGAGAUUGUACUUAACAUACUUUUGAAUUUGUUGAAGCAUUUUAAAUGAUUGUGUCUGUAUUGGUGUGGUUUUAUACAUAGCAGUUCUCCCUUUAUUCACCUUCUAAAAUACUGAUUUUUUUUCUUUAAUGUUUGACAUAAAACACAAACAUAACACAUGCCUAUUUUGUUUUGACUGUAGAAGGGUAGAAGGUGACAAUUUCCUGCCUCCUUCAGUCCUACUCUUCUUUUUCAAGGUACCACUCAAAUUUCUUGUAUAUGUCUGAAUUUUCUGUGCAUACACCACAUGUAUGUGUGGGCACAUGUGUGUAACUUUUUUCUUUGGACACAAAUCAUUUUAUUGAGAAUAUCAAUAGCAUUGUUUUCUCAUUUAAUAAUCUUGGACAGUUUUACACAUCAUAACGCAUAUAAGACAUUUUUAAUUGCCUAGUGAUCCAUUAUAUGAAUGUAUGCCUUAUUGGAGGACUGCCUGUCUUCCUUCUUUCCUUGUAAUUUUUGCCUUUACAGUCUCCCAAUGUAAGUUAUAGUCUUAUCUCUGUAUAGUGUAGUUUUUUGAUACGUGUAAGUUUGCUUUUCUUUAGCAGUACUGUAUGGCCCUAUUCUCUACCCAUUCCACACCCAGACCGUUCUAAUCCACAUGCAAGGAUCAUCAUCAGUUUUGUAAUUGUGUUCUACAGAAUGCUGCUUUGCAAGUUUUGCAGUUUUGGUCCUCAUGGUAUUUUUCUGAUUGACUUUUAAUUGUUUUAUUUUCUUCUAGUGAGCCAACAUUGUUUUAAAAUACAAAUAAAAUAGUUUAUUUGCUAGAUAGUACUUCUUCCAGAAAACAAGCAUUAAGCUAGCAAUUCUAUUUUAGACCUGUAAAUAUUAAAAAAGCUUGAAUCAGGUAACACUGAUAUAGGACCUAGUUUUGUUUUCAAGCCUUGUAAUGAAUUUAACUUCACAAUUUUUGAACUGAGAGCAUUUCCCAAACACAUCUUUAUAUUGUCGUAACAAGUUUCUUUUGACAUUUGUUUUUAAGGGUUUUUUGUUUGGGCCUUUUUUUGUUUAGUUUUGUCUUCAGCCUUUAACUCAAUUUUGGGUAAGUGGUUUGUGCAUGAUGCUUGACACUUUGUUUCUGGUGUAAGAUAAUUUAUAAGGUAUGUGAGGCAUAAGAUUUUGUCCCAACUUGACCCUGCUUUGUGUUGUCUUGUUAUGUCAAAGUGUUAAUUAGGUGUAUUCCAUAUACAUUUGGGGCUUUUUCUGUGUUCUAGCACUGCCUUCUAGAUAAUAACCAUAGUUAAUUAUUGCAGUGUUCUGUGCUUCUCCAAGCAUACGGGAUUUGUAUUGAGCCAGAAUGAUAUUUAAGGGAAUCAUAAGUUCCUAUUUCAUGCAACGUUUCUCCUUUCAUUAAUUAUUAAUUAUUUACCAUCAAUUAUUUACCUCCUCUUCAUGUUUUUUUUAAGUGUUGCUAUUUUAUAAGGAUUCUAUCUUUAAAUGUUCAUAUCUUCCAUCUCUACUAUUCUUAGGUUAUCCAUACUGUCAGUGGCUUUCAAAUCUCUCUCCUUGUCCAUGACCUUCUUGUGCUUCAGAUCAUGCUUCUCCCUGCCUAUUGGACUUCUCUGUCAGGGGUCAGCAAACUAUAGCUCAUAGGUCAUAUUUGGCCUGCAUUCUGUUUUGUAAAUAAAGUUUUAUUAAAACAUGGACUUACAUGUUUGUUCACAUGUCUAAUUUUUGUGUGUGUGUGUCCUAUAAUGGCAGAGUUGGCUAGUUGUGACUGAGACAGCCCUGUAAAGCGUAAGAUACUUAUUACUCUGGGCCUUUGUAGUACGAAGUUUGCUGAUCCUUACUCUAAAUGUUUUGUAGUGACAGUGUCAGCAAAACCAAAUGUUUUUAGUGACAGUGUCAGCAAAGCCAAAUGUCUCAUCCUAUUUUCUUUUCCUUUUCACUUCCAGCAAGCCCUUAACCCCAUUCCUACCUGAUGGCUUUACCAUUAAUCCAGUCAACAGAGUGUGGUUUACAUCAUCAUUUUCUUCUCUCCCCUCUACUUAGACAAUGUCCUUGAGUCCACUGCAGUUUCUCCUGAUUGUCCCUGGUACUAUCUGGGUUCUUAGGCUAAAAGACAUCCCAGCUUACCUCCCUGCUUUUUUGCCCAUGUCCUCAAAUGCUCAUUGUUUGCAUGUUAAGAUUUCUUUUACUAUUUAGAAAACAGCCAAGGUAAUCAAGUUUUCUAACUGGGAAAUACUGGAGCUUAUGUACUUAUUCUCAAAGUGAUAGUUGGUGUUUUUAACUACAAAAAUGAUUGCAUGGUGGUUUAUAAAUCAUCAAGCAAAGCUUGUACUCUACAGGACAGUCUUAAUAUAUUUUUUCUAUUACCUAAAGCAGCAUGUGGUAUGCCUCUGUUUCUUGCUUUAUUAUAGAAAGUAAAAAAAAAAAGGGGGGGGGGAUGUGAGAAAA